AUGGCGCGCAGCGUGUACAGCCCCUCUCCCUCGCCUAGCCUCGAAUCCGACAACCUGUCCGACUCUUCUGGCAUCGAUGACCUCUACGCCACAUCCACAGGCGCUGGUGAACCCGCUGCUGCCGCCGAUGAUGCCCUCGCUGCUGGCCCGUCCGGUCUGAGUGUACCUAUCGAACCUACAGCGCCCGGGCUGGCUCCCGCAGCCCCGUUUCCAUACCCAUAUGGCUACCCAAUCCCCGAGCAGGACGACGAGCCCGAUGUCGACACGAUGACGUGCCUGUGGGAGGACUGCGGUAAGGUGUACAACCACCUCCCGACGCUCAUCGAGCACAUCCACAAUGAUCACAUCGGCGUGCAUAAGAGCAACUAUACGUGCGAGUGGUCAACCUGCUCGCGUCGCGGGAUCGCGCAGACAUCGCGGUUUGCGCUCAUCUCGCAUAUCCGGUCGCACACUGGCGAGAAGCCGUUUACGUGUCCGAGGCCUGAAUGCGACAAGUCGUUUACGCGCUCGGACGCGCUCGCAAAGCACAUGCGUAUCCAGCACAACAUUUCGCCGCCGCUCCCUGGGCGCGGCGGGAACCGCAAGCGAAAGCGCGAAGAGAGCGAGACUAACACUGUGGUGAGUGGGCGCCCGCCAACACCGCCGUCGUACGGGUACAGCACGUUCAAGGUCGAGCCGACGGGACAUAAAGACGAGCAAGAGGAAGCUGCUGAACCGCAUGACCCGUUUCGGGACAUCACGCCUGAGUAUGGCGGGUUCGACGAGGAGGACCAGAUCCCACAGCACCUGCUAAAGCUGAUGGACCCGGCGACCGGGCUGAUUAUGGGCAGGACGCACGCACAAGUGAGGUACAUCCUGAUGAAGGCAAAGCACAGGUGGGUGCUGGAGCAGCAUGAGGCGCUGGUGGAGGAGUUGAGGGUGUUGCGGUACGAGGAGAAGUGCUGGAAGGAACGCAAGGACGCGUUGAUGGACGAGCUGUUGAGGAUUCAUUUCGGGCCACAGGCAGAAGAGCUGGCCACCCCGCUGGUCAUGGCCGCACAGAACCACUACGUGUAUGUGCCUGGCGGCGACGAGGGGCAGUAGUGGCGGCGGAGUUUGUAGAGUAGCGAGCUAACUGUAAGCGUGGGAGGAGUGCGUGCAAAAAACUUUGUUAUUGUUUGCCCCUGUUUUGUCGUUAUAAGGGCAG